UUUUAGAUAACUAGAAAGGAAAUUUGGAAUUUGAAAUGUCUGUAAGCGGAGCACAACAGAUGGAAUUGGAUGAUGUGCAGCAACCUUCCGGCACCCCAAGUAUUUCUAGCAAAGAAAAGAAACGCUUUGAGGUGAAGAAAUGGAAUGCAGUAGCGCUGUGGGCUUGGGAUAUAGUAGUUGAUAAUUGCGCAAUUUGUCGGAACCAUAUUAUGGACCUCUGUAUCGAAUGUCAAGCAAACCAAGCUUCAGCAACUUCCGAAGAAUGCACAGUUGCAUGGGGUGUAUGCAAUCAUGCAUUUCAUUUUCACUGUAUUUCACGUUGGCUUAAGACACGUCAAGUGUGUCCUCUUGAUAAUAGAGAGUGGGAGUUUCAAAAGUAUGGUCAUUAGAUGCAUGCUUUUAAAAACCGGUAUUGUAUUUUUGAUCUUGAUGCUCUCUUUUUGCAAUCUUUUUACUGACAUAAUAUACUGGCCUGAAAAUUAUUUUCAUUUUUAGUCCUAAAAUUCAAGUGAUAUGAUGGUGCAGGAUUGUGUAGUUCGAACUGCAACUUUUGUUCUUUAACAAAAUGAUUUUUGCGAAC